AUGGCUCAAUCACUGAGAUCGAGUAUGCUUACUGGAAUCUCAGCGGAUCUGAUCCAGGACCUCUACUUGAAAGAACUAAAGGCAUACAAACCCCCACAACAAAAGGCCUCGGACGCAGAAGGACACGUACAGAAAUUCAGCCCUCCGGCUGCCCCCAAGUCACCGGAAGAGAACAAUUUGGCGAGUGAUCUCAAGGCAUAUGACGAUCAGAUAGUCGAGGUUGAGGGACAAAGCUCGUCAGGAGAAACCCAGGCAGUGCAAGAGGAUUUGUUUGAGGAGCCCGAACCCGACGAUGCACCAGCACACCAUUAG